CAGAUGCUAGUGAAUCUUUCAGGAAGAACUGUGUUGUUGGAAUAAAAGCUAACGAGAAGAGGAUUAAUGAAAUUAUGAACCAAAGUUUAAUGCUUGUAACAGCAUUGAAUCCAUAUAUUGGAUAUGACAAAGCAGCAGCGGUUGCCAAGAAUGCGCACAAAAACAGCUUAACGCUUAAAGAGUCUGCACUUCAGUUGGGUGUACUUGAUGAGAAGCAAUUUGAAGAAUGGGUCAAACCAGAAAAAAUGCUAGGUCCCAAAUAA